AUGGUGUAUAUACCUGCAGGUAUUUCGGUUUCAUCGUCAGGAGAGGAAAAAAACAAAAACCUGCCAACUGUGAAUCCUCCAGAGGAGUCGCGCUACCUUAAAAUGUUCCAAGGUUUGGAAUUGAACAGACACGUCUACUUCAGCUACACCUACGACCUGACUAGGUGUCUUCAGACCAAUAUGGAACCAGUGGAGACGGAGCAGAUGGUGCUCGAUACGGCGGAGCCCACGCUGUCGCGAAUGCGCGUCUCCUCGCUGGUGCAGCACCGUGGCUCCGUGCCCCUCUUCUGGUCGCAGGACACCGCUCGGUUGGUGGUCGGGAAACCGCCCCUAGCCAUCACGUGGGAGGACCCCUCCUAUGAGGCCUUUGGCAAACACUUUGCUGAUCUCAUUGAAAGACAUGGCGCCCCCGUGAUAGUCUUGAAUCUGAUGAAGCAAAGGGAAAAGCGCCGCUUCGAACAACAGCUGACGGAUGGAUUGCUCGGGGGGAUACAGUACUUGAACCAGUUUGUACCGAAACUUCGUUCGCCAGAGAAUUGGGGCGAGACGAUACCGCCAAUUACCUACGUCAGCUUUGAUAUGGCGCGCAUCAAGCGAUCGCAAAAAAUUCUCUCCUUGGACCGACUGAAGGUCAUUGCAGAGGAAUGUGUGCGUCGGACAGGCCUCUUCUUCUCCGCCGGCCGUCCUACCACCAGCACCUCCCUUGAGGAGUACAUCCAGCGUGCCAGGCUCCACAUGGGCUCCAACUUGUGGUUACUUCGAGUGAGUUACGCACCUACUCUUGUUCAUCUUAUACCAGAUAAAAACACCGAUAACAGAACCAGUGCCACUGAUGUUUCAAAGGAUCUCUAUGAGGAGCACGGUGAUGCCUUGGCUCUACAAUAUGGUGGCAGUGGAGUGGUGCACAACAUCGAAACCUACCAAAAUCCCUACACAUCUCGUGUCACUUCUCGGGACAUCGUGCAAACAAUCUCUCGCCCAUUUGCAAUUAAAUGGAUUUGGCCUGCAGAUGACAAUGGGGUUUCGAUUUUUAUGGCCUUGUGUAGAGGUGACUGGUUUUCGGAACUCUACCGACCCUAUGACUGGACCCACUUCUACGACUUGACGUGCCACCAGCUGCCGCUGGCGACUAAUGAGAGCGGCUUCAUACAAGAGAGACCGUCCUUGAAUCCCCCUCACAUUGGCCUAGUGGCCUCAGCUUGCCUGACGGAUGUGGUGCAGUCAUGUGAGAAUAAUUUGCUCUCUGAAGUAGCCGCAAUAGAAGAGGGGGAGGCGAGAGACCCGGAAGGUGGCAACCAGAAUACUCCGUACAACCCAGUGGCCACAAACACCCAAGCGCCCCCGACUGUGGCAGCACAUACCCCUUCCUCAUUAUCCGUUAGCAACAACGGGGAGGAUAUGAACACUUCGGACAGUACUUCACAGGACUCAGAUACCUCGGCGGUGUCAAAGUGCCUUUUGCAGCGUGGGACAACGCGUGCUGGCGGCAAGUGCAGACGUCAGCCAUCUUUCCCACCUACUGAGACUUCCACGCCGGCACUGGCAGGUGGUGGUUCUCUGCCUCUUCUGACUAAGUUCACACGUGUCCGGUUGAGCGAGUUGACCAGUUGGAUGCAACGGGGCGGUACCACAACCACAGAGGGAUCAGAAAGGCCCACUGAGCGGGAGGAGAGUAGAGACGGGAAGGGUCCAAGGGAUCGAAAAGGCUCGUGGUUCAAUGCGCCUAGGAGAUUUGGUCUCGGCUCUAAUUCCAGUUCCAUAAAACUGAGGAAACCAUCCAGUGAGGAUAUGGGAAAGUAUCGAAGUGAGCUCCUUUACGCGCAAUUCAGUACUUUUGAUUUGUGUACUUCGUACUCUGGGGACAGAAAGAACUAUUAG